AUGCCCUUCCUCCUCGCCGCAACCACGUUCCUAUUUACCCUCAGCAUCAGAAUCAACCUCACUUCUGCCGCGCAUGCCGGCUUUCACGUCCAGUUCCCAUCGAUGACCCGCGGUCCAAAGCCCAAGACCCGGCCAGAGAUUGAUCAGUACAGCCCUUUCUGCAGGGAGAUAGUUCAUAACCCCCAAGGUUACUACCGUGGCUCCCGCAGUUUCCUGUCAUUCUCCGGCCAUCCUGGAGACCUUGUGACAACUCUCUAUAGUCGAAAUCGAGUGCCAAAGAAGAGAGAGGACUUCCCCUACACCAUCCUGCAGGAUGUGCCCAUUCAGCCUUCGGGGCAACUGUGUGUGAACGUCACGAUAACAUUUCAGACCAAGGUCGACGAGAUGGGAGUCAUGUACUUUGAGGCGAGGGACCCAAAGACAGGGAAUGUGGAAUACCACUGCUCCGACGUCAAGAUGGAUGACGACGAGGCCCUUCCGGAGGAGCAUCCGGCUAUGUGUGCGGCUAACAACGAGACGCUUAUCCCGAUGCCGGAUGAGUACCUGUGA